UUGCUUUUCGUCCAAGCAAUUUUUUGGUCAGGAGAGGAAGACUCAGGCUUGGCCGACUUAAAGUUUCCUUUCAUAUCUCCUCAUCGCCGAAGAUACUUAUAUAAUGAGUCUUCUCAACCUUGCAAACAGUUUCUUCUUCCUCAUCGCCGGCUUAGGAUUUUCUUCUCAAUAGAGAUCUAUCAUCUUCUCUAAUCUUAGAAAACCCUUGCCUCAGCGAUCAAUCUAAACACUUCAUCAGAAACUUUCUUGCCGGCGGCUGUAGAAACCGAGUAAAAACGGUGGCGUUUCGUCUCUGAUUGUGUGUUAUUUUUAUGACAAAGAAGAUGAACACACUUGUAUCUACCCAUCAGAAUCUAACUGUUACCGUUGGCACAUGAUUAUCUAAUGGAGAACAAACUCAUGAAAAGACUGUUCAUGGCUUUGCUAACUUAUGUAAACUCUAGCAAAUGUCUCUUGUUGCAGCUUACAAGAGAUAUACCAUGAUGGUUGUUGUCUCCUAGAUUUAUACUGACUUUUAUCUUGUUUGUUUCGUUUUUGUUAUGCUGGCGUGAGAAGUGUUUCAUGGACUCUAUUUUCCGUACUUGAAACUUGUAAUGUUCUUAUUUAGUAUCUUACCCAUUUCCAUUUCUUUUGUGCAGUGCUCUUUAAUGCUGUCGGCAAGGCACUAUCUUUAGGACUGACAGCGAGUUAGAGUUACAGUUGACUUUUUCUUUCAGGGUUAUAGGUUUAGCACUGUUAAUAGCUAGAAAUGGAUACCAAGAUCGUCAAGGUGUUGGAUAGUAGGCGCGAAGAUGGUUUCAGUAGAAAAAGGAAGCACGCAGGAAGCUAUGCUGCAUAUGUUACUGGAGUGUCAUGUGCAAAGCUGCAAGAUGUUCCUCCACCGAACCCGCUGAGCCAAGUUCCCGACAAAAGAAGGAAAUUGGAAGGUUCUUACGACAAUCUAUCUGGGAAGUCGCUGGUCAGAUACUACUCUUAUUUUAAGAAGACCGGAAUUGCAAAGCGUGUUAUGAUCUACGAGAAGGGUGACUGGAAUGAUUUGCCUGAUCAUGUUAUCUGUGCCAUCCGAAAUGAGUUAAAUGAAAAGAGGGCUACAAUUGAGUUCGAGUGGUGUGGUCAUCAUUUUCUUUUGGAUUUCUUGCACAUGCAUAGGCUAGACUUGGAAACAGGGGAAAAAACUCCGCUUGCAUGGAUUGACAUUGGAGGCAAAUGUUUUUUCCCUGAAAUUUACGAGAAUGAUGAAAGGAACGAUAACUGCAAUCACAACAACAGCAUGGAAUAUUCGAAACAAUAUGCCCCGCAUGAGAUCAGGUUGCGCCUUGAGAUUGAUGUUAAUGCUGGAGAGCCGAGGUUGAAUUUGGAGGAGUGCAGUGAUGAAUCUGGUGACAAUAUGGAUGAUGAUCCAGCCGAGGAUAGCUGCAGCCGCAGAGUUGAAGCUGCUGUUUCGAAAUGGGAUGAGACGGAUGCUAUAGCAGUCUCUGGUAUCAAGCCUGCUGGGGCCGAAGGACUUGAAAAAGAUGCAGUAAAAAAGAUGUUUGCAGUAGGUACAGCUUCGCUAGGGCAUGUGGCGGUGCUGGAUGUGGGCCGUUUUUCAAGUGAGAUUGCUCAAGCUCGCCUAGAGCUUUUCCAAAAGCAGGUUGAGAUCACCAAGAAACAUCGAGGGGACGCAAACGUUAGAUACGCAUGGCUUCCUGCAAAGAGAGAAGUUCUAUCUGGGAUUAUGAUGCAGGGACUUGGAGUCGGAGGAGCAUUUAUUCGAAAGUCCAUUUAUGGUGUUGGGAUACAUUUAACUGCUGCAGACUGCCCUUACUUUAGUGCGAGGUACUGUGAUAUUGACGAAAAUGGAGUACGGUACAUGCUUUUGUGCCGUGUAAUAAUGGGGAACAUGGAACUUCUUCGUGGUUAUAAAGCACAGUUUUUCUCUGGCGGUGAAGAAUAUGACAACGGAGUUGAUGAUGUCGAGAAUCCCAAAAAUUACAUUGUCUGGAACAUCAAUAUGAAUACCCAUAUAUACCCUGAAUAUGUUGUUAGGUUCAAGCUGUCUGUUCCCCACAAUGCUGAAGGUAAUUUGGUUGCUAGGCAUGAUAACUCAGGUGUCACUUCGGAAGGACCCAAGGAUCUUCCUCCACAGCUAGACUUAAACGGACCUGAAAGAGGUUCAGGGAGCGCAAACAGUGUGGGUUCAAGCACUACGAAACCGAAAUCUCCAUGGAUGCCUUUUCCUACUCUGUUUGCAGCAAUCUCGCAUAAGAUUGCCGAGAAAGACAUGUCUUUCAUUAAUGCUGACUACCAACAACUGAGGGAAAAGAAGAUAACGCGAGGAGAGUUUGUGAGGAAGCUGCGGGGGAUUGUAGGAGAUGAUCUGCUUAGGUCCACCUUAACAGCUCUUCAAAACCAGGCAAGUUACUAUUCGUAG